AUGGCAGCAGAUAUCCACAAGGUAGAGGACCUGCUGAAACGACCUUUAUACGUAUUCGAUCUUCCUGAUGAGCUACUUGCCUCUCUAUCACUUAAGAAUACCAGCGUACAAACCCCCAUUCCACUCAGACAGACCGAACGCCCCAGAUCACUGCAAGCAGAGAAGGAGGAUGGAGUCGCAAGCGUUACGUCAUGCUCGCUUUGCCAGGUCUCGUUCCAGAACGUCCAGGAGCAGAGGGAGCACGUAAAAUCAGACCAUCACAGAUAUAAUUUGAAAUCGCGAUUACGAGGGACCCCGGUGUUAAAUGAAGCCGAGUUCCAUGCGGCUGUUGGAGAACUGGACGAAUCUAUUUCUGGCUCUGAAUCUCCAUCCGACGACGAUGAGGGAGAUGAGGGCCAAAGGACUCCUGAUACCACACUCACAGCUCUCCUGAAAAAGAAAGCCAAAAUAUCCUCUGUUGCGGAAGCCGCGGAGAUGGUAGAUAAGAAAGUCAAUAGAUCGCGGAAACAUCCAUUGCUGUGGUUUUACAGCUCGUUGCUGCCUCCCAGUACGUCCUUUGGUGUUUAUCGAGCGCUCUUCAGCAAUAUAGAACUGGAGGAACCGGACCAUUUUGUGGAAUCCCUGAAGAACAAGCAACAUAAGGCAUCGCCACAUUGGACAAACAAAGCUUCCCAGCUGGAACAGCCAGACACCCAACCAAGACAACAUCCUAGUCCGCAUCUGUUCCUUUGUAUGAUUGGAGGAGGCCAUUUUGCGGCCAUGAUAGUGGCAUUAGCGCCAGAGAUACAUAAAAACAUCGGUGGGAUUGAAGAGCGGCAGGCAAGAGUAAUUGCCCAUAAAACAUUCCAUCGAUACACAACUAGGCGGAAACAAGGUGGAGCUCAAUCUACCUCUGAUGCUGCAAAUGGCGCCGCACAGUCUGCAGGUGCAUCGAUCCGACGAUACAAUGAAGCCGCGCUGCAAAAUGAAAUAAGACAGUUACUGUGGAGUUGGAAGGAAAUGAUCGACGAAGCACAGCUAUUAUUCGUGAGGGCGACGGGAAGCACGAAUCGGAGAAUUAUAUUCGGGCCGUAUGACGGACAAGUGAUCAAACAGUCAGAUCCGAGACUUCGAGGAUUUCCGUUCACCACCCGACGAGCCACGCAGAGAGAACUAAUGAGAGCCUUCACCGAAUUAACACGAGUGAAAGUUAGCCACGUCGACGAGGCAGCACUUGCACUCGAGGCUGAAAGACAGCGCGAGCCAUUGUCCAGCUCGCCUAAACCAUCUCCACAAAGUCAACAGCAAAAACCUACAAUCUCCAAAGAAGAAGAAACAGCACUACUCCACACCACACAGAUCCAAGCACUAAUCCGCCGCUCCAAGGCUCCCACACUAAUAUCCUACAUCUCAAAUAACUCCAUUCCCCCAACCUUUACUUUCCCCCCCUCCUCCUUCCAACACACACACCACACCCCCACCCCCCUCCACCUAGCAGCUAGCUCCAACUCCCCUGCAACCGUUCUCGCCCUUCUCGCAAAAGCAAACAUGGACCCCACCCAGCUAAACGGCGAAGGAAAACCCCCCUUCGACCUAGCCGGCGACAGACCCACCCGCGACGCCUUCCGCGUCGCCCGCCACGAGCUUGGCGAGUCAAAAUGGGACUGGGACGCUGCUCACGUUCCACCGCCGAUAUCCAAGGCGGAAGCGGACGGUCGGACGGAGCGGGAGAGGCAGGCAGCUGCGGAGGUGGAGGCGAGCAGGCGGAAGGUGGAGUCGGAGCGGCUGAAGAGGGAGGAUGCGGAGAGGGCGGUGGAGGAGGGGAGGAGGAGGAGGAUAGGAAUGGGAACGGGCGGCCGGAGGCUUUUGGAGAAGACGGGGGCGGAGAAGAGAGAGGAGGAGCUGAGGGGAAUGACGCCGGAUAUGAGGGCGAGGCUUGAGAGGGAGCGGAGGGCUAGGGCGGCAGAGGAGCGGAUACGGAGGAUGCAGGCGGAGAGGGAGCUGUGA